AUGAUUGAAGCAGUAUUUACAGUGUACACUCCGAUUUUGCCAACUGCCAGAAGACCUAGUCAAAAAACCGUUCUCUCUUCGUCUAUUCACUUGUUCACGCAUAUGGACUUCUGGCAACAUGCACUGGUCAAGAGUCCCAACGAUUCCUGGUUGUGCGACCACGGCCUGCUGGCCAGAAGGAGUUCUUGGGUUACCAUACUUAACCUGCUAGAAGUUUCAGAGUGUGGGCUUGAAGACGACUGCCCCAUGUUUCAUGGAAUCAAAGACUACAUCACACUAGUCGCUGGAGUUACCUUGACCGGGGCGGCUGCGACUAGAAACGAUAUCUCGGACAUAGCCAUUUGUUGGGAUGGCGGAAGAUGCAGCGUCACAAGCUUUUCACAAACCCGGUUCCACAGCUGCUGCUCAAGUUCUUCUCCAGGAUUUUUCCCUUGUUUCCCCCUCGCUUCCCUUCCGGACGUCGAUGAUCCGGCCUUCGAUCCUUUCACUUUAUCAGUGCCACUCAAAGCUCGUGCACCCAACAAAACAUUCCUCCGCAUUUGGCCUAUCAUCGAACAUGUCAAGGACAUCUUUCGACCUGAUUUCAUUAUAGUUCAGUGUGGCUUAGAUGGCCUAGCGGGUGAUCCCAUGGCAACCCUCAACUGGUCCUUAAGGCUCGCUCGGCUGGUGCAUGCAUCGCAUCAUCCGCGAAUGGCAAGGGAAAAAAUGUUACUUGGCGGAGGUGGUUAUGACACGCCCAAUGCCGCGCAAGCUUGGACAUAUCUCACCUCUGUGGCAGUAUGUUUGAAUCUCAGGUUCUGGUUCGUCAUAUAUUGAUACAUUGUGUCUAACAGGGAGGAAUUCCG